AUGGCGAAAGAGCUUGAGAUCAAAGCCAAGGAAGCGUUCUUCGAUGACGAUUUUUCUCUAGCCGUUGAUCUCUAUUCUCAGGCCAUAGAACUCGAUCCUGCCAACGCAAAUCUCUUCGCCGACAGAGCUCAAGCACAUAUCAAACUCAACGCUUUCACUGAAGCUGUUUCUGAUGCUAAUAAGGCUAUUCAAUUAAACCCUACUUUAUCAAAGGCUUAUAUCCGCAAGGGGACUGCUUGUAUUAAUCUUGAAGAAUAUCAUACUGCUAAGGUAGCACUUGAAAAGGGUGCUUUGAUUGCACCUGAAGAUUCCAGGUUUACCAAUUUGAUUCAACAAUGUGAACGCUACAUUGCUGAGGAAUCAGAUACUCUUACUGGAAUCCUACCACCAAAUGGGCCCAAAACUUCUGUACCAUCUGUUGAUGAUACCCAUAUGUGUAAUAAAGGCGAUGGAACAGGAGCAUCCGAAGAACCUCAAAGAGACAGUCCCGCAUCCGAAACAAAUGAAGCUGCACCAGUCAGACCAAAAUACAGACAUGAAUAUUACCAAAAGCCUGAAGAAGUGGUUGUCACAAUAUUUGCUAAAGGAAUACCAGCAGACAAUGUUGUUGUGGACUUCGGGGAACAAAUUCUGAGUGUUACCAUUAAUGUUCCUGGCCAAAAUGCAUAUCUUUAUCAACCUCGAUUGUUUGGAAAGAUUAUCCCGGCUAAGUCCAAAGUUUUGGUGUUGUCAACCAAAAUAGAAGUUCGAUUGGCAAAAGCUGAAGCUAUUAAUUGGACAUCUCUGGAAUAUUGCAAGGAUGUGGUUCCCCAGAAGAUAAGCGUGCCUACAAUUCAAUCUGAAAGGCCGACAUAUCCGUCAUCAAAGUCAAGGACUAAGGAUUGGGAUAAGUUGGAAGCUGAAGUGAAAAAAGAGGAGAAAGAAGAAAAGCUUGAUGGUGAUGCUGCUUUGAAUAAAUUGUUCCGUGAUAUUUAUCAAAAUGCAGAUGAGGACAUGAGGAGAGCCAUGAGCAAGUCUUUUCUGGAAUCAAAUGGAACAGUGCUAUCAACUGAUUGGAAAGAAGUGGGAUCAAAGAAGGUGGAAGGAAGUCCUCCAGAAGGCAUGGAAGUGAAGAAAUGGGAGUAUUGA